AUGAACUUCCUCAAGCCGGAAAGCGUGUACAACUUGUCCAACAUCCGUGAAGACUUGAUUCGGAUGGAGGACACAAUCAUCUUCAACCUGAUCGAGCGGUCAGAUUUCCCCUGUAUGCCUUCGAUCUACGAGAAGAACUCUGCGCAAAUUAAGAUCCCGGACUUCGACGGGUCGUUUCUUGACUGGCUUUUCCAACAGCACGAGACGGUCGAAUCGCAGGUGAGAAGAUACCAGUCGCCUGACCAGUACCCGUUCUACCCGCAGGUGGUGAAGAAGUCGUUUUUGCCAGCGAUCGAGUACCCGAAGCUUCUUGCGGAGUACUUCCGGGAGGUGAACGUGAAUGGCGAGAUCAUGGACGUGUACAUUAACAAGAUGAUCCCACGUGUGGCCAAGGACGUCGGAGACGAGUGUGAGAACUUUGGCUCGACAGCGCUGGUGGACAUAUUCACGUUGCAGAGCAUCAGCAGGCGGAUCCACUUUGGGAUGUUUGUGGCGGAGGCGAAGUUCCAGGCGGACCGGGAGAAGUACACGGCGCUGAUCGAGCGCAGGGACGUCGACGGCAUCAUGGCGAACAUCACGAACUCGGCCGUCGAGGAGAACAUUUUGAAGCGGUUGAUGGAGAAGGCCAAGGCGUACGGGACGGACCCCACUGCGGGGAACCAGGGCACGAGCAAGGUGCACCCGGAGGCCGUCGUGGGCAUCUACAAGGACUGGGUGAUCCCGCUGACCAAGAAGGUCGAGGUCGAGUACUUACUGAGAAGACUCGAAGAUAAAGACUUUUGA